AUGUCUAAUAUGAAUGAUACUAAAUCUAACGUCACUCAGACUAUAUCACUGGUGGAUCGAGAUUUGAAAUCAUUUUUAUCUGUGUCCUCAAGUGUUGUUUUCCUGUAUGUCAAUGGAGUGAUGAUCUUCACCUUGAGGAAAAAGACUGUUUUUCAGGAGACAUCUCGCUACAUUUUGUUUGGUCACAUGCUUUGGGUGGAUACGCUCAAUCUUAUAAUGAGUGUAGUGUUGUUUGUGUGUGCUGUUUGUAGACUUUUUGUUAUGAAAUUUGCCUGCCUCAUCCUUCUCGUUGCUGCAACAGCUCUCUAUCAGGUCUCUACAUUAAAUCUGGCUUUGAUGUCACUGGAGAGAUAUGUGGCCAUCUGCAUCCCUCUCAGACAUGCAGAAAUCACCACCUACAGAAGAACUAACAUGGCCAUUGGUGUUAUUUGGAUGUUAAGCUGGGUGCAAUCCCUGUCUGAGAUUAUUAUAUUUUAUUCCAAUGAUACAAACUUAGCAAUGAAUUUGUUCUGCUCAAGAACCACUCUCUUCAGACUGCAGAUAUAUAAGAACCUUAAUAUAGCUUUUACAUGUAUAUUUUUUGUCACAGUGACUUUUGUUAUUAGCUUUACUUAUGCCUCUAUAGCUGUUGUGGCCAAAACAGCCUCAUGUGAUAAAAUGUCAGCCAAAAAAGCCAACAAGACUGUUCUGUUGCAUCUAAUACAGCUGGGUCUCUGUGCUGCAUCCAUUUUAGUUGGAGUUAUCCAAGAAGUCAUUUAUAUUUAUACUGACUAUAUAACUUCAUUGAAUGUGAUGUAUUUUUGCUUUGUAGUGUUUAUGAUUUUUCCACGAUGUUUAAGCCCUCUAAUAUAUGGCAUGAGAGACCAGGCCUUUAGAUAUUUAUUUCAAUACUACUUCACAUUUGGUCUCAAAAAGCAAAAUAGAUGUAAUACAGAGAUCCAUUUAGCAGGAGGAGGCUGAAACGUCAUGGUUAAAAACACAUUGAAAUAUUACAAGGCUUUGCUAGAUAAUGUUAUUUCAUUAUUAAGAUACAAAAGGAAAUUUAUACAAUGAGAUUUUGGAGAUGAACCUCACAGAACUAGCUGACCUUUGGCAAAACAUGCAACCAUUAAUGCUGUGAUCACCUGGAAAUCAUCUAAAAUCUAUAUGGUUUAAAUGUGAACAAUUAUCAUACAGUUUUAUACAUGUUUGGUAUCAUUUGAAAUGUCUCAGUGUGACUGGUACAAAUGUCUAAUUUCCAAAAAAGUAAAACAAAAGGUAAUAAAGAUAAAUUGCACACAAAAGAGGGUGGGUCUUCCAUGCAUAAUGGCCUCCUGUUCUCAAAGGUGUAAACUCAAUGCAAAUUCCCAUUAUUAGCAAAUGUUUUUCCAUGUAAAUCAACUUCUGCCUCCAGUAUGUUUGGGAUGGUGAUUAAUGUAAAUUCACACUGUGUUUACAUUUGACAAAACUCGUGAACU